AUGAAAUCCUCAACACUCCUAUCAUUCGUUGCUCUUAUUGUUCCGACACAAUGCGUCAAACUUCGUGGAACAGAGUUUACUGUCUUAGUAUCUUCAAGGCCAGCGCUUAUCUUGUUUACAGCGGACGGUUGCAAGGAAUGUGACAGAGUGCAAGAAGUCCUGGACAGGGUGUCUCCAACGCUUACCAAGACCGCUAUUGCUUCUGUUAACUGCAAUGAGGAGCCGGCUGUGUGCGAUGACUCUCAGGUCUUUACUGUUCCCACAUUGAAGUUUACACCCGGCAACAAGGAGUUGAUUACCUACAAAGAAGCUUUAGACGCGUCAUCGGUUGUAAAAUAUAUUGAACGCCAAUCAGGUUCUCCAGUUACGGAGCUUACUGAAAAGAACCAUCUCCAUUUCGCGCGCUCAUCUCGAGUCACAGUUGUUGCCUUUAUUGGUUCGGAUCAUCAACCUGAGCUUGAGACCUUUCACGCUGUUGCUACUAAGUGGCGAGCGCAUUACAGUUUUGGUAAUCUUCAUAGCCCAGAGAAAGACAGGAAGGGCCCUUCCGUCGCUGUCUAUACCCAAGAGGAAGAGGAUCCAGUUUAUUACCGCGGACCUUUCACCGUCGUAGCUGUCGAGGCCUUCUUGCAGGAUGCAACCCAGCCGCUGAUUCGCGAAUACGAUCCCAUCAUUCAUGAAGAAGCAACAAAGGAUGAGAAACCAUUGGCCCAGAUAUUCUUCAGCAAGCGGGAUGAUCGGGCUGAGAUCGUCAAGUCACUGGCUUCUCUUGCAAAGAAGUACAAAGAUCAACUCACCUUCUUGACGGUGUUUGCGCCAGAUUACCCCAAAAGAUGUGAGCAAAUGCAUCUUAGCAAGGACAUCAAGCGUGGUUUCUCCAUUGCAAAUCCACAAGGGAGAGCAUAUCCUAUGUCUGAAAAGGUGUUCAACGUCAACAGGGUCGCUAAACAUGUUUUGGCCUACCUGGAUGGUUCAUUGAUACCUUCCAUCAAGUCAGAACCGGUGCCGGAGGCGUCGACAACGCACCGAUUUUUGACCACGCUCGUUGGCAGUACUUUUGACGACCUAGCUUAUGACAAGUCUAAAGAUGUCUUGGUUGAGUUCUACGUGCCGUGGUGUCAAUACUGUACUGAUCUGCAUACUCCAAUGAAUGAGCUCGGGUUCAAAUACACCAAGUUUGGCCUGUCGGAUAAAGUCGCGCUGGCAAGUAUUGAUGUCGACGCGAACGAUGUGCCAAUCGAGAUAGCAUCAUAUCCAUCAAUCAGGCUAUAUCGCGCCGGUUCGAAUGACGUUGUACCUUUCCAGGGCAACUUCACUGACAUGUUGACAGUGGAACAGCUGGAUGCUUUUGUUUCACAGAGUGGAAGUCAUGGAGUAAGUGUAAUUAGUCAGAGCAAAGCCCAUGACGAGCUGUAG